UUUGAAUGUUGAACGUGUGCUUAUUAAUAUAUGUAAAUAUUCCUUUGUACCUUUAACGUGUAUGUAACAUAAAAAACUCAUCCCCAGUACUGCCAAUUCUCAUCCAAUUCCUUCACACAGAUCGAGAAUGAUCUCUUCGUGGAGACGGCGAAGAGCUCAUCGCCGUGCCGGUAAGGAGCAGCCAUGGGGCGAGAACACAGACAUGGAGCUGACGAUACCGGGCCAUUUCCGAUGCCCAAUUUCUCUAGACUUGAUGAAAGAUCCGGUCACGUUUUCGACGGGAAUUACGUACGACCGUGAGAGUAUCGAGACGUGGCUCGAGGCCGGGAACCAGACCUGUCCCAUUACAAACCAGGAAUUGAAGAGUCUGGAGCCAAUACCGAAUCAUGCCAUAAGGCAGAUGAUACAAGACUGGUGCGUUGAGAACAGGUCCCAUGGCAUUGAAAGGAUUCCCACGCCUCGGAUUCCCGUGACUUCGGCUCAGGUUUCAGAACUCCUUCGUAAGAUUACCAUGGCAAGUGAACGUGAAGACGAAGCUGGGUGCCUGAAGUUGGUGACCAAGCUCAAGGCAUUGGCAAAGGAGAGUGAUCGUAACAAGCGGUGCAUUGUGGCCAACACGACCGGCAGUGUUUUGUCGGCUGCGUUUGACAUAUUUUCCAAAGUGUCUUUCGACAGAAAUGCUGCUGUGUUGGAGGAGAUCUUGUCGACUUUAGCAUUACUUUUCCCAUUGGACAGAGAGGCCAAGUCCUACCUCCAAUCGUCUGCUUCAUUGCAUUGCAUGGCCUGGUUUUUGAAGUGUGGGGAUUUGUCGGGGAGAAGAAAUUCAGUCUUGGCUUUAAAGGAUAUUCUUUCAUCGGAUGAGAGUAGGGUAGAAUCAUUUUCCAAGAUUGAAGGAGCUUUGGAAGCAUUAGUGAAGCUGAUUAAAGAGCCCAUUUGCCCUACUGCAACAAAAGCUACGUUAAUGGUGAUAUAUCACAUGGUUAGCCGCUCGUUUCCAAAUGAGGCAAUUAUAGAAAGAUUUGUGGAUAUGGGUUUGGUCUCUUUACUUUUAGAAUUACUUGUAGAUAACGAAAGAAGCAUGUGCGAGAAGGCAGAGGGUGUUCUUGAUGGGAUAUGCAGCAGUGAACAAGGGAUAGAGAAGGCCUACAAUCAUGCUCUGACCAUGCCGGUUUUAGUUAAGAAGAUACUGAGGGUAUCGGAUUUGGCAACCGAGUUCUCGGUGUCCAUCAUUUGGAAGCUGAUUUGCAAGAAUGAAAAGAGGGAAGAGGCAAGUGUUGUUGUUGUUGAAGCACUUCAAGUGGGUGCGUUUCAGAAGCUGCUGUUGCUGUUACAGGUUGGUUGUGCAGAUAGAACAAAGGAGAAGGCCACAGAGUUGUUGAAACUGUUGAAUCUUCACAGGGAUAGGUUGGAGUGUGUUGAGUCUAUGGAUUUCAAGAAUCUCAAAAGGCCCUUUUGAAGGACAAGUACCAAUUUUGAAGUAGUUAAUUUAAGGGCAUGCAGCAGCCAACUUACACAAUCAAAAUUUGUAUAGAAAAUAAUAUUGGUGGACAGCUCCUGUCCAAACUCCAAAGUACUAUCUUCUACUUCUUUCAAAGAAUUUGUACGGGCUUGCACAUCUUGAACUUGUACUGUUCUAUCAUUACUCAUAAUUUAUCAGCUUGCUUAUCACUUAUGAGUAGAGUUUUACUAGCUAGUUUGAGGAAAAUGUACCAUUUAUUCCCAUAAUAAAUUAUACAAUGCUCGAUAUGUUUUAGAGUGAUAAUAGGAUACAUUAAGGUGUGGUUUGGAUAGAUUAAUGAGAUGAAAUGGUUUUAGAUGAAAAUUAAAAGUUGAAUAAAAUAUUAUUUUUUAAUAUUAUUAUUGUUUUGAGAUUUGAAAAAGUUGAAUUGUUUAUUAUAUUUUGCGUGGAAAUUUGAAAAAGUUAUAAUGAUAAGAUAAAACG